ACUAUUAAACCCUCUUUCUCGUUUUCUUUCAAUAUAUUUCUUUCCUACAAACCCAAUCAAUCACAUUUGUUAUCUUUUCUGUUGCUUGAAUAAUAUAUGGCCUCUGCACUAUCAACAACAGCCUCCAUUGCUAAAACCACCACUACUUUGCCUCAUUCCUCUAACCUUCAGCGCUCCAACCUCUCCUUUCGCCUCUCUUUCGACCCGAACUUUCAAUUGUUCCCUAAGAGCUCGCUACCUCGUCGGAACUCUUCUACAGUGGUGAAAGCCCAACUUAAUGAGGUUGCCCUAGAUGGAUCGUCAAAUGCUUCUACUACACCUACAGUCAAAUCAGGGGCACCAAAAGCAGAAGCAAAGAAUGCUAAGCAAUCAAGCGAUGUAUCUCCUUCAACUUUGGCCACAGAAGAAUCAGUCUCAGAAUUCCUUAAUCAAGUUUCAAGUCUAGUAAAGUUAGUUGAUUCACGAGAUAUUGUAGAGUUGCAGCUUAAACAACUUGACUGUGAACUGGUAAUCCGGAAAAAGGAGGCUUUACCCCAACCACCAUCUGCAGCUCCAGUUGUUAUGAUGCAGUCACCCUCUCAACCACCAGUAAUGCCUCCAAUCCCAUCUGUCUCUGCACCUUCACCUUCUGCUCAAGCAUCUACUGCCUCAACUCCAGCACCGUUGCCAACUGCCCCUAGGUCAGUCAAAUCAUCACUUCCACCUCUUAAAUGUCCAAUGGCCGGCACAUUCUAUAGAAGUCCAGCACCUGGUGAACCACCAUUUGUGAAGGUUGGAGACAAAGUGCAGAAGGGUCAAGUCUUAUGCAUCAUUGAGGCAAUGAAGUUGAUGAAUGAAAUAGAGGCUGAUCAAUCGGGAACCAUAGUUGAGAUCCCUGCGGAAGAUGGCAAACCAGUCAGCGUUGACAUGCCUCUAUUUGUGAUCGAACCUUGAAACUAACUCCGAGUAGGCAAGACCAAAACGAUGGAGUAAAAUCAAUGGAGGGCAGGUUGAGUUUGUGUUUUGAUGUUAAACAUUGUGAGAUGAGGCAUUGUUUUGUUGUGAUAUAGUGAUUUGGUAGAGAUUGCAAAUAACCUGUUUUCAUACUGAAAAAUAGUU